GGCCCGGCCCGGUGCUCCCCGCGGCUAGCCGCCGCCCUCCCGCUGAGGCUCCGCUCCGGUUUCCUGCGCUCCCCUUCCAUAUUUAAUGUGGUCCUUGACCCUGACAAAGAAGAACAAGACAAGACUCAAAAUCAGCGUUGGAAAGAGCCUCCAAGAACAUCUUGUCCAUUGUGUAUCUGGUUAGGUAUCCUUUUCUGGGCAAAAGACUAAUGAUAAAUGAAUCAGAGGCUUGAGAAAGAGAUGAAAUUUGGCUGUCUUUCCUUCCGGCAGCCUUACGCCGGGCUGGUCCUAAACGGAAUCAAAACGCUAGAGACUCGUUGGCGUCCUUUGCUGGCAAGCCAACAAAGCUGCACCAUUGCUAUUCACAUUGCUCAGAAAGACUGGGAAGAUGAAUCAUGGAGGUAUAUACUGGUGGAGAGGCUCGGGAUGACAAGCACUCAAAUUCAGACGUUAUUGGAUGAAGGGGAGAAAUUUGGUAGAGGAGUUAUUGCUGGGCUCGUGGACAUUGGGGAGACACUACAGUGUCCUGGAAAUCUGACUCCAGAAAAGUUGAUGAACCUGGAGAACAAAGCUGUGCUGAUCGACUUAAAACAAAAAUACCUGACCACUCUUUCAAAUCCAAGGUGGCUGUUAAAACCAAUACUUGCUAAAGGUGGCAAGGAUAUAUUUCAAGUUGAGAUCCCCAAAGAACUCAUCCCUUCAGAGGAGGGAAAUUGUUUCAUGGCUUCCCAAGAAUGAAGUUGCAGAGAACUGAGCCAAAUAUCUUUAAAGGAUAUGGUUUCCAUAUGAACCAAACUGUAAAUUCCUUUUAUUAUAUUAAUUGUUAAGGGGGGAGGAGAGGAAACCAUCAUUUCUCAAAACCAUGUCAAUGGGAUUUGUGAUUUCAAGCUAAGGCAUCCAGGAGGUAUAAAUCUUUUUCAUCCAUUGACAGUAACAUUUCAGAUCAUCUGGUCUAAUGCAGACAGUGACAUUAGCCAAUAAAUGUCAUCAUGUUACUAUUUUUAUGCCAUUUCAGUUCUCUUCAUUUCAAGACUGUAAUAAUGGGACUUUUUAAAAAAAAAGUUUUUAUUCUAUUGGGCAUGGUUUUGUGUGCUUUCCCAUGUUAACCCUAGUAAAAAUGUCAUGUGUUUUAAACAAGGUUAUUGCUUAAAUCAGGCUCUCCAUCAAAAUAGAUAUUGCCUGGGAAAGUCUUAUUUGAGAUCUAAACAAUGCCGAGAUUGAAACUAAUUUUGGUAAAAACAGUUAUUGGUCCCUCUUUCUUUUGAUAUCAUAGCAGUUUCUUGACAUGGCUUCCCUCCCCCUCUCCCUCUCCCACCAUGGAAUCUUUCCUUGUCAUAAAGUAACUGACAUAGCCAACAUUCUGACAGGGAAAGGAGAAAGGCCUUCAACUAAUCCAUUUGUGUACCAUCUACAUGUUUCAAAAUAACUUAUUAAAAACAGUUCCCCUCUCUCUCCCCACCCCAGCCAUUCUUCAGUUGGUAAAAUUGGCCAUCCUCUGAUUUUCCCCCUCUUGUCUAACAUUAGAAUACAGUGAUCUGUAAUAGAAUACUCUCACUGUCCACAUAGUCUUUAACCCCCUUAUGAUUCAUUUUAUUUUCCCUAAGGUCACCAAUUAACAAAAUGAUCACAAUCCUUGGUUAAGUGGCUUUCAAGUUUUCAUGUUGUCUGUCAUUGUUACAUCACAAUUACUGGCAGUUAGGUAUACCCUUCCUGUCAUAAUGUUAUCCCCCAGGGAGACUUCACUUGGGGAAAAAAAAAAAAAAAGAAAAACUAUUAGAAAAAUCAAUCAAGGUAGGACAUUUCUGUUAGCAUAUGCAGAAAUCUGCUUUCAUCUCUCCAAGAGAAGGAGAGAGGGACACUUAAUGACCUUUUAAAAAGUCUUUUUCUUUCUGGUUUCCUGAUUGUGUUCCAAACUCUUGUGUAUUUAUUCUCUUGUCUCCUGAAUGUAGAUAACCCAGAGCCUUCUGUCCUCAGCCCCCUUAAUAAAUCUGAGCUUUUUCAUCUGUU